AUGCCCGUGAAGAAGAAGCAAUCGCGUAUUAUUUCCGGUCCAAACUUUACCGUCAUAGCCAGCAAUUUGCAAGCAUGAUAUUCUCAACGAGUGUUUCAUUGCAUUGUUAUUAAAUGAUGUCUAUUUUGAGUAAUAUCGCGGUGAUCACGUUAUUCUCUUAAGCGAGGAAACUGACAGUGGGUUUACGUUUAAUUACAAGUGUCCCCGUUUUGUGUAAUAAAUACAAUCUGCUAGCGUCGUUAGCCUGGCAGCUAGCCGCCUGCAGUGCAAUGGUGUAGUUGAUGUUUUAAAUAACUUAGACGACGCAUUUAGGCUCGCUCAUGGCAGCUCGGCACCCCUUCACAGACACGGAUACAUCGGAUGAAGCAGUGAGGGCGACUUGUGACGAUGCCACUGCGUGUAAAAGGUUUGCCAUUAGUAAAGGCUACUGGAAAGACCCUUACAUCCAGUAUUUUGUGAGAUCGGUGGGAGAGCGGAAGGCACCUGAAAUCAAUAGAGGUUAUUACGGCCGUGUUAAAGGUGUCAACCAUCUCCUUGAUGCAUUCAUAAAGAAAACAGAAUGUGAUUGUCAAGUAAUCAACCUAGGUGCCGGGCUGGAUACCACAUUCUGGAGACUCAAGGAUGAAGACCUCUUGCCCAAGAAGUAUUUUGAAGUUGACUUUUCUACUGUUGUGGCCAGGAAAAUACACAAUAUAAAGACAAAACCACAAUUAUCCAAGCCCAUCAUCGAAACCCAUUCAACAGAUUCCUUGCUACUAGACGCUCACAGCCUUGACUCGGAUCGAUAUUGCAUCAUCGGUGCGGACCUCAGAGACAUCGCUACUUUGGAUGAAAAACUGAAGAAGUUCCAUCUUAACCCAGAGUUGCCCACAUUGCUGCUUUCAGAGUGUGUGCUGGUCUACAUGGCGCCAGCUCAGUCAUCCAGUUUGGUUCAUUGGGCUGCAGACACCUUUCACACUGCCAUGUUCAUUAACUACGAACAGGUGAACAUGUGUGACCGUUUUGGGCAUGUGAUGAUAGAGAACCUACAGCGACGUCAGUGCACGCUGGCAGGGGUUGAGGUCUGCCGAUCUCUGGACUCUCAGAAGGAUCGAUUUCUCAGGUCUGGCUGGGAUCAUGCCAACGCACUGGACAUGGUGGCGGUUUACAGUAUGCUUCCACAGGAUGAUGUGGCAAGAAUCGAGCGACUGGAGUUCCUCGAUGAGAAGGAGUUAUUGCAGCAACUCCUUCAGCACUACAGCAUCUGCUGGGCCACCAAGGACAAGCUCAGUCUGGGUCUGUCACAGUUGGCGUUUUGACUGAAACUCCACUUCAGCAAUGGAUGAGCUGGAGAUGUUUAAUGGAAAAGUAGUAGUCUGGAUUUCACACAUGUAUCAUGGACUUGUUCCACCACCUCUUCAACGUGCAACAAGCCUUGUGAUGAACACCUGUGAAGAGGAUUUGGUGUUUUGUUUGCUACAAACCCAAAUGAUUUGUUUUAGUUAGUUGCAGACAUGACAAUUAAACCUCUUCACAUUUAAUUUCUAAACGUACUCAUCCAUGUGGGAUAGUAAAAGAAUGUAAAACUUUUUUUUAGAAUUGUGUGCCAUUUUCUAUUUAUUGAUGAUUUGCUCACUACUACUCUUUUUAAUAAAUGCUCACAAUAAGAUUAGAGUUGAAUGGUAAACAUGCACUGUACUUCUAAUGCAUUUGGUUAUGAAAUGUUACUUUAGAACGAUGCAGUUUAGUUUUAAAGAAAUAUUUGAAUGCUGUCAGUUGAAUACAUUUUCUGUAGUUAUUUCCCCCUAAAUUUCUCUGCAUCAAAAUGACUAAUGUCACACAAUAAUUUUCUUUAAAUCUAUAACAAAAGGUAGUUUGUUUUAUAAACCACAUACAGCUGUGUGUAGCGUAGUAUGGGUAAUCACCAUAGCAACCGUAUAACCAAAGAACGUCAUUAUUCUUCAGAGAGUAACGGGCGGUUUCUGAUCUGGGCAGCCGCCCAGGGCGACAUUUUCUGGGGAGCGGCACUCCAACCCCCCACCCAUUGCGCAAUUUGGCAGCAUCGCACGAGGUGCAUAGUUUUGGGACAAUAAUUUCGCCGGCAAGAGACCCCGGGUGGGGAAGGGGUGUGCAAUCUAAGGGCAUCGCACAGGGCGCCAUUUAAUCCAGGACCGCCAUGGACAGGAUAUUGUGUAUAACAAAAAUGUGCAGAUGUGUGUAAAUAUAUUCAUGCAUUUUUAAGUAAGUAUAAAGGUGUACACCUAAUGUAAUAAGAUAAUUUAUCCAUCCAUUUUCAACACCGCUUAUCCUGGUUAGGGUCGCGGGGCACUGGAGCCUAUCCCAGCUGACUUCGGGCGAAAGGCGGACUACACCCUGAACUGGUCGCCAGUCAGUCGCAGGGCACAUAUAGUCACGGACAACCAUUCACACUCACAUUCGCACAGUCACAGAGUGGGAACUGACCCCACGAUGCCCGCACCAAAGUCAGGCAAGUGUACCACUACACCAUCAGUGACUAAGAUAAUUUAGCAUAUAUUAAAAAUAAAUAAUUUAGAAUGAGAAAUAAGGCAUGAGCACAAACUGAUGACCCUUGUGUUGUCAACAGCUUUGCAUGAGAGAAAAACUCACUUUAGUUACAGGGGUCGCAUGCAUCUCAUUCUCCAUGAAACCUAAUUACUCAGCUAAUAGUUCAAAUAUCAUAUAUGAAAUAUAAGUACAUUUUAAACUCAUGAGCAUUUCCAUUGAAGUCAUGAUUGCAAUAAUUGACUGAUUUCAGACGGACAGCCAGCCACCCCAAAUCGCAGAAAUCGCAAUUUUCACUUGUGGAAGGAUAUACUGUGUGAAAGAAAAAUCUGCCUCUUGCCAGUCAUACUGGGCAUGGCUUUUAUUGUCAAGUCAAAAAAACCAACAUUGCACUUGUGCCAAACUGGAAAGAACACACUUGACAAUAUGUCACACCGAUUGUACGUCUACCACUCCAGAAAACAUUCUCUCAAAAUAAAUUCAAACUGGUCGAAAGAGUAACGUGAUUGAAAUAGCAGCACGUGAAGUCUUAUUCUGGUCAGUAUGCAAUUGUCAUCUCUAAACAAUAGGUACACUCACAGUAAAAUAUACUGCCAUUUAAAAGUAAUGAAUACAAAAAAAAAAAAAAGACAUGCAAGGUUGAUGUUAGGGCACAUCGUAUUGUUACUAUAAUGUA